AAACCAACACCAGAUCAAAGCAGACAUCAUUUCAUGAACUCAUGAAGAUGGAACAAAGUCUUUCUGAUCUACUUGGUGGUGCAUUUUCAGAUACGUCUGUUCCAUCAUUCCCUGAUGGAGAUUUGGACUUUGAGAAUUUAAAUUUUGAUGGAAAGUUUGAGGAAGACAAUAGUGGCAUAUCUCAUGAAAACUUACCAACAAAGGAAGACAGGGCUCUGCACCAGGAAGCAACUGGUGCAACUACAGUUUUAUCUAGCUUGGAAACUAAAGAUAUAUACAUGGCUGAAAAUGUUGGUAAAGAGCAGUCUGAUGAUAAUAAUGAUGAGGAGGAUUUUCAAGGUGUCGGGGUCAGUCUCAUGAGCACGGACAGAACACCAGAGGAGGAUUACACAAGCUCAGAUGGAGAUUCUGAAGAGGAAGGUUCUGUCUCUGUAGAGGAUGAAGAGGAUGAAGAAAAGGAUACGGGCACAGGAGAGAAACCAGGGGAUUUGUUGAUGUCAGUUUGCUGCGGCGACGACUUCUGCUAUGGUAAUAAAGAGGACAGGAUCUUUGCUGAGGGACAACCUCUGGCCCCACAGGGUGCUGAAAACCCUCAAGUUAGAAACAAGGAACAAGGUGAGAGUGAGAGUGAUGAGGAGGUGUCCUAUUUUGGGCUUGUCCCUGAACGUGGCAGAAAGAUGAGGAUAAAAGGUGAUGGGAUUGAAGAGGAUGAGCAAGAAAGGGAAGGAGAAAAGCAGGAGGACUCGUUUGAUUCUGAGUGUGAGGACAUGAAAGUCGGACAAGAAGAAAAAAGUCUCGCUCAUUGCUGUGUGCAGGAGGUGGACAAUCCUUACAGAGGUGGGCCCGCGACAGCCAGUUUGGAGUUUCCAGUAAUAUCAAUGCAAAAUCUGCAGUGUCUGAUUGCUGAUGUUGAUAGUGAGGAAUAUGUAGAGAAAUUAAAGGAUUUCUCAGGGGCGGAGCAUCAAGAGGCAGGUGAGAGCUUUGCAGAUUAUCCCUCAGACUUUUCUUCAUGUGAAUAUGUAAAGGAUGGAGUCAAAAAUCAAGAAAGUGAUUCCCAGGCAAACACCUUGCCUCAUACAUGCGACAGCGAUCCAAAUGCAAAGCAGAACAUCUGCCUGGAAGGAGCCGUGAUGGAUAUAACAUGGACGGGAAGAGAGGAGGACACUGACGAGGAGGGAGAUGGGUAUCUGUACAGCAGGGAUUUGGAGAUGGAUGCUGAUAAGUUCAGGAGUUUCCAUGUGGCAGCUGGAGAAAAAGACAGAGGAAAAACUGUUGAGAUUGCUGAGAAUGUGUUGGGUGAUGCAGCUGUGACAGGUGAGAGUGACUCCUGCAGCUCUGGUGAUGAUGAGGUCCACAUGAGGAGGAGAAAGGAGGAACUCUUAGACAAUAUGUGCCUUCAAGAUCUUGAAUAUGACAAGAAACUGGAGGACACUUCGCUUUACAGCGCAAGCAGUGCUGCGUUUUCCAGGUGGAGCAUCAGAGACGACCAUCAGAUCACAAACAGUGGAGUGGACCCAGCAGAUUUGAACAUAAAUUGGGAUAUCGACAUGUCAAAAACUGCUUCCAUUCUGUUUGAAGACCUGUUAACUGCAGAAGACACAGCUAAAGCGGAAACACCUCUCUCAGAUGUGAGCCAGCCUCCUGAAGAAGACAUCAACAGCUACUCAGUGGUACAGAGAGAAGAUAGCAAAACCACAAGCCCCUCUUACCAGGGAUCCCUGGAUGAUGACUUCAUCUUCAACACUGAACUCGAGGCCUCAGGGGUCACUGAGCUGGGACGGAUGGGAGAUGACAUACAAGAAGAGGAGAGGAACUGGGAACAAGAGCAGGAGAGAAUCAGGGCUUUCUACCAGUUUUACAGUGACAGCGACGGCGAGAAUGAAAGAGAGAGGCAGAUAAAAGUUCAGUUUUGUACAGAUCGAAUGUCUCAAGUCAUUCACUAUGAAACUGACAGCAGUGACAGAGAUUCACUCAGCAGCUCCACAGACAGGGAGGAGGAACUGAGCUCUGCAGAGACAUCUGACGAACCGAGGGAGCCUGACAACACCCUGCAGAUGAUGCCUGCUUGUGAUCCCCCAAACACUCAGCUGCCAGAGAGCCUGGCAGGGAACAACUCCAGCAGCACACAAAUCUGUAUCAGAAAACACAGGUGUCUGGGCAUCUUGAAGCUGAUGCUGAAGAUGAGCUUGGUGAUAGGGAUGGGACUGCUGAUGUUCUGGCUGGCAACAGACCAAGCAGACUGGCUCAGCCAAGCUUCCUUCUUCUAGGGUCAAAGCUCCAUUUUGGGGGCCAUUGAAUCAUGUUUAUAUGCUUACACGUGAUGAAAACAAAUUCCAAAGUGACGAUAUAAAUCCGUCAAAAUGCAGUGUAAAGUGUUAGAUAUUAAUAACUGUGAAGCGUUUUCUGUGACAUGCAAUAUUGAGCUUAAUAAAGAUCUAUCGUUGUUC